AUGACAGAGAGACGAUUGUUAGCCUUGGAUUGCCCAAGUAUUAGCAACUUGGAUGGUAAGGUGGUGAUAUUAUAAUUAUGAACUUCUUUUUAGAUGAAUCUGGUCUUCAAAAACUAAUCCGUCAUCUCGAAGAGAAUGUAUUUCGAUUAUGUUACGGUAGAGGGCGGAACUUUUUAUACACCGAUAUCGACGAAUUCAUGGCUCAGUUGCCAAAUGUAAGAUUUUUUAAUUAUGGUUAUGGUUUUAGUAUCUUGAUGGACUCAAGUGCCCCAAAGAUAUUACUAAUGGAAGUCGACCAGCUUUAAUUGAUUGGGUUCUGGAUGCGGCGAUUGAAAAAGCAUAUGAUAUUGAGAAUGCAGAUCAAAUAAAUGCACUGAAUGUUGAAAAGAUUCAGAUUAAAAGUACCGAGAUACAUGAAAUGGAGAAACAUCUGAAAGAGAGUGUUCAUUGUAAGGUGUUUCGUAUACUUUUUAGUCUUUUUAGUGGGAAAUCCCGAAUUCCGUGAGAAAUUGAAAGGGGUAUUGACAUCGCUUGGCCUUCAGAAAGUUGAUCAUAAAGACACUGGUCUGCUUUUAAAAGCUCUGCUUUUUUAUUCCGAAUGCAUUCUUCACAAUGGAAAAACAAAAAUUGUGGAUACGGUAAUACUUCUAUCUUAAUAUUACUGUAAAUUUUAGACCUUAUUGAAUUUGGACGAACUCUCUCAAAUGGAUGAAGACAAGCAGGUGGAUCAUGCCAUGAAGAUCCUCAACCUUCUCAAUGUGAAACAAAUUAGAGAUCUCCAGACCAAGAUCAACGAACUUAUUGUCAGAAUUCAAGAAGUCACUGCUGAUCCUAAAACUGAUAUUAAACUGAGAAAAGUCGGGCAAUGA